AUGGCCGAACCCAAGAAAGUGGUCUAUGGAGUGGGAGUACAUGACGAUAAAUGUAAAAGGAAGGCUAUGAAGGCAAUUUCAAGCCUUGAAGGGAUUCAAUCCAUAGAUAUGAACAUGAAAGACAAGAAACUGACAAUUGUGGGCGUUGUUAAUCCGGUAUGUGGCUACAAGAAACUAACAAAGGCGGAUGUAUUUCGGGCUUGCCACAUUUUAUCAAAAGGAGGUCUUAAUGACGAUAAUAUAUUGGAAUUUAUUUACAACGAUAUUGCGACUCACGAGGAAAACAAGUAUGAUGGACGAAUCUACCGUUACUGUAAAGGUGAUGAUGUGUACCCGGUGUCCUAG